AUGGUGAUUCAUUACCAAGGGGACUGGCGGGCCCUCGAAGACUCGUUGGCUUUGGACGUGAGUCUCGUCGAGUCCCUGGAUGAAGUCAUGUUCGCCAAGGCGGACGUGCUGCUUGCGCUGGAAAAUGCUGAAGGGUAUCUCACCAAGCGUCCGUGGCUGCGCGUUCUGCAUACUCGACUUGCUUGCGUGUCAUUCGAGAAGGAGGGGGCGAGUCUGCAAGGCUUCGUUCGUCAUCGACAACGCGAUCGCACUGUGUGCCUGCGGGACGUUCGACGCCGCCUUGAAGUCAUCUACGCUGAUGCGAAGCUCUCGAUGGAUGUGGAGGAGAAGCGCAAGCGCUUUCUGGCCCAGGCACGCGCGGUGUCCCCGUGGUGUGUGCGCGACCCCAAGUGUCUGCAUCCGUCGCCAGCUCGACAGCUCUACGGCGUUCACGUGCUGCCCCCACGCCCCAUAACGGAGGCAGAGCUUCAAGCUCAGCGCGACUGCGUGGCAAGUCACGCCCGUGCGGUUGUCAAUGCUGCGGUGGGUAUUGUGAUGGACAAGCUGCUAGCCCCUUACGCUCGACCGAAGACAAGUGCGAGUGCUGGAGGACGCACAGCUCGGCGCGCACUGCGUACGGAGGAUGCGACUAGAAUAUGCUCCACACAGCGUCAAGCAAGAGCGAAACGCGAACAAGCUGAACGUGAUACCCAGCUGAAGGCUUUGAGACUGGAACUACUAGCCCCCACUGCAGAGCUCGCUUCAUCGCACAAGACGGACGCGGCUGAGGUGGAGACGAAGAAGAAGAAGGACGAAGUAGCACAAGUGAUGAUGCAGUUGGCGACCGUGGAAGCCCAGGGCGAUGCCCGUCUGGCCCGCAAGUUGCUUGACCACCCCAUCGUACAGUCAGGCUUUCGUCGAGCUGCCGAGCAAGCCAAGCGUCUUGGGAUCACCAGCCAGACCUGGGAGGUGGUCAAGCUGUGGCGGGAUCUCUAUCGCACGUCAACGAUGCAGGCGCUUGGGAAUAUGUAA